CUUUUUCCCAUAACUUGAGUCUUAAGGGAUUUUUGUGUUUUGCUGUGAUUUGGCUGCGUGUUGUGGAUCCCUGCAGGACUUGCUCCGUCGUCCCUUCACCGCUGCAAGACGUGUCCUCCUCCGAGAGACACAACUUUUAAGGCCGCUGCUUUUAGGAGGGAAGAUGCACAUUCGUCCGCCAAUUUAGGAAGAUAUUUUCAUAGGAGCGUCAUCAGGAAGACUCCCACUUUUGUUUGUGUUUUUUUCCGUGUUUGUAUUGAUUGACCACUAUUGAUCAUCACCAAGCUUUAUGGCUGUCAGAGAGUUCAAGCUUACUUGACGUUUAAGGCGAUGAGUGUUGUGCCAGGCCAAGACGAGGGCGGACGGGCGAUGCCAACUGGCUAACAACGCAAAAAAACCUACCACUUUCUGGAAUCAUUUUGCACAUUUCUGCACUUUUUUGUCGUUGAUGCUUUCUGUAGAAUAUAUCACCGAGCUCCGUUUGCAGCCAUGUCAAUGUAAGUGACGACAAUGCAGCCCUAACAUUGUAAAGCUAGCCGCAAGCUAGUUAGCAAGUCGCCCCCCACCCCACCAGUGUUACAAGAAAACAAGUUGGCCAUGGAGGGAAAUGUGCAACAAAAAACAACCCCGCUCACCCGGGAGCUGACACGGAUCUUCGGCAGCUACAACAAGCACUCCAUUCUGCUCAAAAAGAACCUGAAGGAGACCAACGUGUUCUUCCGGGAAAUCCGGCAAAACUACAGCAACGCCUGUGCAUCAGCCAUGAGCUCGGAGUCAGCUUCCCUGGAGGCAGGGCAACUGAGCUGCAUCGCUUUCCCCAGCCACGAGGAAGAGUUCCUACGCAACACUGUGGGCGCUGCCCCGUACAUCCUGGUGCUGGGCCAGAACUGCACUGCCCGCUACCAGCUUCUCAACUGCCUGCUGGGAGAGAGACUGCUGCCGCUGGGGCCCGAGGCCGGGGAGGCUUGUGAAGGCGUUCAGGGCACGGCGUGCAAGAGACGUAAACUGUGCUUCACCCACGGCAGGCAGACGCGACUCAGCCUGGCGCUGCCCGGCCAGUACGAGCUGGUGCACCAGUUGGCGGCCAACCGCGGCCGCUGGGAUACGGUGCCCCGGGAGGACCUGGAGAUCCACGAGGAGUGCGAAGAUCCGGCACACAGGCUCGCUGAGCUGGAAAUCACCCUGCAUCACCCGCUACUUCAGGAAGCAAAGGUGAUGGUGGUGCCGUGUGCGAGCGUCCAGCCCAUAGAGGAGGCCCUAGAAGACUUCACCCGCAAUGUCAUCCCAAUCGUACUGUACGCCAUCAAGGAGGACUCCCUAAACGCGGAGCAAGUGGCCGAGCUCUGGAAGGUGAAAGAGAUGCUCUCCUAUCCCAUCUGCUUCGUCCGCAUCCCCGACACCAUGCCCACAACCUCGCCGGAGCCCGGCCGGCGCGUGGAGAAGGAAAAAGAGCGCGAGAAGAGCCCUCUCCACAAGCAGCUGUUGUCCCUCGGCUUCCUCAGCAGCCCCACGGGAAACUGCUCCUGCGGGGCUCCCACGCAGAUGCCCACCCCAGGUGCCAAGCCGCAGAGCAUGCUGGGCGAGGCUUUCGAAAAACUCCACAGGCUGCUGGUGCCCUUUACGCGCCAGGUGCUUCAAAACCAGCAAGUGGAGGCCGCCAACCUGCUCAACGGACUCCACUGCCGCUGCCUCGAUCUUUUCAUCAACCAGGCCUUCGACAUGCAGAGGGACCUGCAGAUAACCCCCCGCAGGCUGGAGUACACCCGUGAGAAAGAGGGGGAGUUGUUUACUUCCCUCAUGGCCAUCGCCAACCGCAAACAGGAGGAGAUGAAGGAAAUGAUUGUGGAGACGCUCAGCUGCAUGAAAGAGCAGCUGCUGGAGGACGCUGCCAACUUGGAGUUCAUGGACGUCAUCGUAACGACCAAUGGCGACCCGGUGACGUCGAAGGAGAUCAAGUCGUGCAUCCACCAGAUCCAGGAGCUGAUCGUGGUGCGUUUGAAUCAGGCCGUGGCCAACAAGCUCAUCAGCUCCGUGGACUACUUAAGAGAGAGUUUUGUCGGCACGCUGGAGCGAUGUCUCAGCAGUCUGGAGAAGUCCCACAUAGACUCGUCGGCCCACAACAUCACCUCCAAUCACCUGAAGCAGCUACUAAACGCCGCCUAUCACGUGGAAGUCACCUUCCAUUCGGGAUCCUCUGUCACGCGACUCGUCUGGGAGCAGAUCAAACAGAUCAUCCACAGGAUAACGUUCGUCACCCCCCCCGCCAUCACGCCUGAGUGGAAGCGCAAAGUGGCUCAGGACGCCAUCGAAAGUCUCAGCGCCGCCAAACUGGCCCGAAGCAUCUGCUCCCAGUUCAGAACACGUCUGAACAGCUCCCAUGAGGCCUUCGCGGCAUCCUUGCGCCAGCUGGAGGAGGGCCACACGGGGCGGCUGGAGCGCACCGAGGACCUGUGGCUGCGCGUGAGGAAGGACCACGCGCCUCGACUCGCCCGCCUCUCCUUGGAGAGCCGCUCCCUCCGAGACGUGCUGCUGCAUGGCAAACCCAAGAUGGGCCGGGAGUUGGGGCGGGGCCAGUAUGGAGUUGUGUACUUGUGUGACAGCUGGGGGGGCCACUACCCAUGUGCCCUGAAGUCUGUGGUGCCUCCUGAUGAUAAACACUGGAAUGACCUCGCUUUGGAGUUUCACUACACGAGGACCCUGCCCAAGCACGAGCGUCUGGUGGACCUGCACGGCUCCGUCAUCGACCACACCUACGGGGUGGGCUCCAGCAUCGCCGUGCUGCUCAUCAUGGAGCGGCUGCACAGAGACCUCUACACCGGCCUCAAGGCUGGCUUGUCGCUGCGGGAGAGGCUGCAGAUCGCUCUGGAUGUGGUGGAGGGGAUCCGCUUCCUGCACAGUCAGGGCCUCUUGCACAGAGACAUUAAGCUCAAGAAUGUUCUGCUGGACAAGCACAACCGCGCAAAGAUCACCGACCUGGGCUUCUGUAAACCAGAGGCCAUGAUGUCCGGCAGCAUCGUGGGCACCCCCAUCCACAUGGCACCCGAGCUGUUCACGGGGAAGUACGACAACUCCGUCGACGUUUACGCCUUCGGGAUCCUCUUCUGGUACCUCUGCACUGGUUCCGUGAAACUCCCCGAGGCCUUUGAGAAAUGCUCCAGCAAGGACCAGCUGUGGAACCAUGUGAAAAAAGGUGCCCGACCCGAGCGCUUGUCCUCUUUCGACGAGGAGUGCUGGCAGCUGAUGGAGGCCUGCUGGAACGGCGACCCCUCCCUGCGGCCCCUGCUGGGCAUCGUGGAGCCGAGCCUGCAAAGCAUCAUGGUCCGCCUCUGCAACUGCGGCUCGGAGCGGAAAAACAGCAGCCUGGAGGACUCGAACUGAAAAGAACUCAAAACCAACGCACACGUGACGGUCGUGGGAAGUAUUUUUGUGGUAUUUAUGAAACGGGGGAGCCUCCUGCCUCACAAGUUGAUGUAAUUUAUAAGGAGGUGGGGGGGUUUUAUUGUUUGUGUGUUAUUUGUAUCCACUCCUGUAGCUGACGUGCUAAUUGCCUGUCUGUCCUUCAAAGAAACGUGUUACUAGAUGCAACUUUUUAAUGUAGUCCAUUUGCAGUAUUGUCAACAAAAAAUAUCUACAUUUUAGAUUGUAUUUAAUGUCUGCAUCUAUACAAGCAUCUUUUUUUUUAAAUAAAAGGAUCUGUUACAACAAAUCUCAAGACUCAACACUCCACUCCGCUUUCUUUUUCUUCUUUUUCUCGGUUAUCCAUAUCCCCCCCCACCUCCCCCCCCCCCCCUACACAAACUCUAGGGGUUUUUUCUUGAGCCCGCGUGCGCAGUACGUCUUGUACAUGGAUGUGUUUUUUUAGAUAAGAUACUGUAUGUGCGGCUUGGGGUGGGGGCUGCAUGAGUGAAGUCCGUGUGAACCCCACCUCGGGAUCAAAGGUCAAAUUCCUUGGCAAAAAUGUGUUUUUUGGACUUGCUGACUUAAAAAA